AAAAAAAAUUUCAAUGCAAAUCUGCGGAGAAAAAAAGAUUACCAUAUUAGUCUUGCUGACUGAGGAAGAAAGAGGAAGAUGGCAAAGGAAAAGAAAAGGAGAGAAGAGAAUGACGAAAAAGAGGAAGAAAUGGAAAGAGAACCAGAAGAGACCGAGGGAAAAGAGAGAGAUAAAAGCACACGGUUUCUGGCACACGGUUUCUGGCACACGGUUUCAGGUGGUUUGGAAAAUAGAAGGGAACAAAACCGGUACAAGGAAUCCAGGACCAACAAGAGUCCGCGGAGAAAUUUGGGGUUUCUCCAAUUUUCCAUCGUUUUUGGUCAAGAGAAUUGGUGCAGCCACCCGCUUUGGUGCAGUUGCAGCAGUCCUAGUGAAAAUGGCAAAAGACGACGAAUUGGGGGCUGGAGCCGUCCCAGAAGAAGAGGGGCCAUCCGAAACUGCAGCAGCAGAUGAAACUGAGGAGAAAGUUGAUGAGCUCACUUUAGAUGGCCCACAAGAAGCUGCUAAAAAGAAGAAGAAAAAAAGUAAAAGCAAGAAGAAAAAAGAAAUGCGGGUGCAAACAGAUCCUCCAUCCAUCCCAGUUAUUGAACUCUUCCCUUCUGGGGAAUUUCCAGAGGGUGAAGUUCAACAGUACAAAGACGAUAACUUGUGGAGGACAACUUCCGAGGAAAAGAGGGAGUUGGAGCGCCUGGAAAAACCAAUCUACAAUUCCGUUCGCCAGGCAGCAGAAGUUCAUCGUCAGGUUCGGAGAUAUAUCAGGCAGAUUUUGAAGCCUGGAAUGUUAAUGAUUGAUCUGUGUGAGACCUUGGAGAAUACUGUACGUAAAUUGAUAUCAGAGAAUGGUCUCCAAGCUGGCAUUGCAUUUCCCACAGGAUGCUCAUUAAAUUGGGUUGCAGCCCACUGGACCCCAAAUUCUGGAGAUAAAACUGUGCUUCAGUAUGAUGAUGUCAUGAAACUGGAUUUUGGAACUCAUAUUGAUGGACAUAUAGUAGACUCUGCAUUUACUGUGGCAUUUAAUCCUAUGUUCGACCCUCUCCUUGAAGCCUCACGUGAAGCCACAAAUACGGGAAUCAAGGAAGCUGGAAUUGAUGUCCGCCUUUGUGAUGUUGGUGCUGCAAUCCAAGAGGUCAUGGAAUCAUAUGAGGUUGAAAUUAACGGCAAAGUAUACCAAGUUAAGAGUAUCCGAAAUUUGAAUGGGCACGGUAUUGGAAGUUAUCAAAUCCAUGCUGGAAAAUCUGUUCCAAUUGUGAAAGGAGGAGAACAAACAAAAAUGGAAGAGGGCGAGUUUUAUGCAAUUGAGACCUUUGGAUCAACAGGUGAUGGUUUCUACAUUUUUUGGCUGGGUACCGUGCUUGAUGGAACUUGAAUCUAUAUGCGGAUUCAUUUUCCUGUCAUUUGUUGUAUCUUUAAGUCUCCUUAUUCGACUAACAGCUACAGGCUACCUUUUUCCUUUCUCACUGUUUUGUUUGGAGAAUGGUUCUUGUUAGGAAAACUUGUGUAACUGAUUGAUUAUCUGUUGGUGAGAGACAGAAUGUAAAGCUUAUUAUGAAAGGUGCAUUUUCUUGAGAUA